UGUACCAAAGUGGCGGAAAUUUCCAGCCCAAGCUAGGAGAAGAAAUUAAUAACUCUAUGUUAGCUUCUUCUUCUUCUUUCCUUAAAUUGAAUUGAUCAUUAAAAUUAGGAAUUACUAUCAUAUUCAUGCUCUUCUGAACCUUCUCAUCGAUCCUCAACUCCUCAUGUUGUGCUCAUAAUAUGGUAAUUAAAGUGUUUAUGCUCAUAAAUUAGUGAAUUUGCAAAGAAAUAUGAGCAACACAAUGAUGCCAAGAAGCAAAGUCAUGUUUAAUUUGGUUUAUGAUAGAGGUUGACAAAAACAUUCCCUCUUAAUUUCCAACUUUUUUCUAUAUUCCAUUCCACACACUUUUUUAUUUUUCAAAAAUAAAAAAAAAAAGACAAAUGGAUAUUGGCAAGAACAUGAAGCAAGGAAAAGGGAACAAGAAAAUAGGCCUCAUCACAAAAACGUGGGAGAGAUGCAAGUCCAUAGGAGGAGGACACAAGAGUAAAUCAUAUUCAUCAUCAGUGACUCCAACAACAAGAAGGAGCAAAUCAUGGCCUGGUCUUCCACGGGGCGAAGAAAAUAGACGAAAGAAAGUGGCCCCGGAGGGAUGCUUUUCGGUGUACGUUGGACCUCAAAUGCAAAGGUUUGUGAUCAAAACUGAGUAUGCUAAUCAUCCUUUGUUCAAGAUGUUGCUUGAAGAAGCUGAAUCAGAAUAUGGUUAUAGCUGCCAAGGACCUUUGGCUCUUCCUUGUAAUGUUGAUGUCUUUUACAAAGUGUUGAUGGAAAUGGAUAAUGAAGCUCCUCUCCAAGGUUGUACUUUUGGUCGUUCUCGUUCUUCUUAUCAUCUUCUUAGCCCUUCUAGAAUGAUUGUCUUAAACAACUUUUAAUUAUCUUUUUUUAAAGAGAAAAGGUGUUCUGAUAAUCUGAAGUUCGUCUGAAUCUUGCAUCUGAUUAUCUCUAUCAAAAUUAACGUAAACUUCAUAAAUAGCUAGCUAUAUGGAUAUGGUAAUGUUUUAUUAAUUUCUCAUUACUAGGGUACAUAUUAAUGUCUAGCAAUCUUGUAAAAAAUAUAUAUAUUAAUGUCUAGCAAGUUCAAUUAGUGCUGUAUUAAGUUCUUUCCAUCGCAUGUAGUGAUCAUCAUCAAGUAUAAUGAUCAAAUGUUGAAAUUAAUAAAAUGUGUGAUCCAUGGUUUGCUCUAUUCAAA